AUGCGUCUCGGAUCAGUUGGCAACAUCGCCGCCGUCCUGGCCUCAUUGGCCGCGGAGUUGGCCAGUGCAGUCCCUCAAUGUGCAACGAGUCAGCGUUUACAAAGGCAAAGUGAGGGCGAGAGGCUGGUCUUCGCCCAUUUCAUGGUUGGUAUUGUGGGAUCCAGAGCCAGUGCUGCUGCCUAUGACGAUGACAUGAAGAGGGCCAAAGCGGCUGGCAUCGACGCCUUUGCGCUCAACAUCGGCACGGACGACUACUCCGAGACCCAACUCAACUAUGCCUACGAGUCUGCUGCCAAUAACGACAUGAAGGUCUUUAUUUCUUUCGACUUUAACUGGUACAACAUCACCGAAGGCACUCGUGUCGGAAAGCUGGUUGCCAACUAUGCUUCCAAGCCAGCUCAGCUUAUUGUGGACAACAAGGUCUUUGUGUCUUCGUUCGCGGGAGAUGGAGUUGACAGCAGCGCCAUCCGCGAAGCCGCGGGCCGCGAGGUUUUCUGGGCACCCAACUUCCACCCUGGCGAGGCAGACUUCAGCACGGUCGACGCAGCCCUCAACUGGAUGGGCUGGAACAACGACGGAAACAACAAGGCUCCAAAGCCCGGUGCUACCGUCACAGUCGAGGACGGUGACAAGUCAUACGCUCAGGCUCUCGCAGGAAAGCCCUAUGUCGCCCCUGUUUCUCCUUGGUUCUUCACCCACUACGGCCCUGAAGUCGACUACAGCAAGAACUGGGUUUUCCAGGGCGAUACCCUGUGGUACGACCGCUGGCAACAGAUUCUUCAGCUUCAGCCCCGAUUCCUCGAGAUUGUCACCUGGAACGACUACGGAGAGUCUCACUACGUUGGCCGUCUUGACAGCCCCCAUGGUGAUGACGGCAACUCGAAGUGGGUUUACGGAUUCCCCCAUAAUGGCUGGCUCGACAUGGCCGUCCCUUUCAUCUCUGCUUAUCACGAUGGUGCAUCCGACGCUACUUCGUACAUUACCGAGAACAAGAUUGUCUACUGGUUCCGACCCACACGCAGCGACCUCGACUGCGACGCCACCGAUACGACAAUGGAGGACGCCAACAACAGCACCGGCAACUACUUCAAGGGCAGGCCUGAUGGCUGGGAGACCAUGGAGGACAAGGUCUUCAUCGUUACCCUGCUGACCGAGGCCGGAAGACUCGAGGUUACUGCUGGAGGAAAGACCGAGAGCUUCGAGGCUCCCAAGGGUCCAGCCAAGUUCUCUGUCGACAUGGCUGCCGGAGCGGUCACUUUCCGCCUUUACAACGGUGACAAGGUGGUUCUCGAGGGCGAUGCUGGCAUGCAGAUCCUCGACUACUGCCCCUGCGGCAUCUACAACUUCAACCCCUAUGUCGGCACCAUCCCCGCGGGAGAGCCUGAUGAGCUCCUUCCUGAGGGCUAUGCGUCCAUCAUGGCUGGUUUGAAGGAGGAACUUGGGGAGAACCCAAUUCCCAUGCUUCCGCCCGUCGACAAGGGAACAGAAGCAUGGAAAUUCCUAUUGGGUUCAUUCUUGAUCGAGGCUGUACUCUGGGGCUUCCCUCUAUGCUUCGGUGUUUUCCAAAACCAUUAUGCGAGCACUCCGAAGUUCGGCAAUGACCCGAAUAUCCCAGUCAUCGGGACGCUCGCAACAAGUCUUCAGUUCCUUGGCGCGCCCUUUGCCGCGCCCUUUGUCAAGCGGUUCGGCCGAUGGCGGCAGCACAUGGUUAUCUUCGGCUCAGCCAUAUGCGUCGUGUCUCUCGUCUUGGCGUCAUUUGUCAACACCGUUGUCGGUCUCAUCUGGACCCAAGGGGUUCUCUAUGGUGUUGGUUUCUUGAUACUCUAUAUGCCUGUGGUAUCCAUGCUCAAUGAAUGGUUCGUCCACCGCAGAGGAUUUGCCUACGGAAUUCUCUAUGCUGGGGGCGGCAUCAACGGCGUCGGGCUUCCAUUUCUGCUCGAAUGGCUCCUCACCAAAUGGGGCCAUCCUUCCACUCUUCGCAUCAUGGCCGUGGCGCAAUUUGUGCUCGUUGCCCCUAUGCUGCCGUUCUUGAAGGGUCGGCUGCCUCAUUCGCAUCACUCCGUCUUGCAGCCGAUAGAUCUGAAGUUCUUCAGAGCGCCGCUGUUCUGGGUCUUUGGCCUGUCUAAUCUGUGCCAGGGCUUGGCGUACUACAUACCGUCUCUUUACUUACCGUCCAUCGCAGCUGCUCUUGGCCUCUCCGGAACAGUCGGCGCAUUGAUUCUCGCAGCGAAUAAUCUUGCCUCUGCCGUCGGGCUCUUGAGCUUCGGCCACCUCACAGACCGUUUCAAGAAUAUAUAUCUCUUGAUCUUUAUCUCGACGGCUGUCUCGGCUGUCGCUAGCUUUGGACUCUGGGGCUAUUCACACUCCUUGGUCUCUCUUCUCAUGUUCUCCAUCAUCUAUGGGUGGUCGGCCGGUGCGUAUGCCGUCUUCUGGCCAAAGUUUGGAAGUAUAAUCUCGGAAGACCCCCAGCCAGUAUACAGCAUGAUGUCUUUUGGAAAGGGUAUUGGGAACAUCGUGACGGGUCCAAUCUCUGCAAUGCUUGUGACAAGGCCCGUGCAGCUUUCGGCGUACGGCCUGGGCAGGUUUGAGCCAGCCAUUAUAUUUGUUGGAUCUCUGAUGCUUUGUUCCUCGCUUGGCAUUAUUGGGUGGCCAUUGAAGCAGUAUCUUGUGCGUGGUCGAUGA